UGUUUUUGUGUGAGUCGGAAUGAUCUGAAAGAGACGACAAUGUCGCGAUCGAGAACUUGUUACGAUUGGUCCAAGCUCUGUCACGAUCUUUUGCGAUCGAUACUAGAAAGACUACACUACAAGGACUAUCACCGAGCGAGAACCGUUUGCUCAAACUGGUACACAGUUUCCACAACUUGUAAGCGACCUCUGUAUCCAUGGCGAGUCGUCUUCAACGAGAACUCUGCUUUACUUUUCGAUCCGGGAGAAGAACAAACACACGAAAUCCAACAUCCAGGAGCCGAGUUUUCAGAAAGGUAUGUACUUUCUAGCUGCAGCAAUUGGUUCUUGAUGGUUGAUUCUGGUUUAGGGUUCUAUCUUGUAAACGUGUUCACUCGUGAAAGAAUCGAUCUCCCAUCGAUGGAGUCAUCGAUUCUGGGGAAAGAGAGAGUGGAUAAAGAAGUUGAGUGGAAACAUUACAUCGAGCGUACGGACUUGGUCUCUUCCAAGAAACAGGCUUGUCUUUGGAUAAAUGAGAGAACAGGGGAUUACGUUGUAGCUUGGAGUGUCAAACAACAUUACUUGUUCACAUACAAGAGAGGAGAUGAUUCAUGGUCUAAUCUCCAAGGCGCAAAGUGUGUUUCUAUGGUGUUUGAUAAGGAGUACAAGCUUUAUGUGUAUACUGCUGAUAACAGCAUCAAGAUUUUUGAUUUAUCUGGUGAUUUGCCUGAGGAGAUUGUGGAAAUGAAUCCGUAUCGUAACCAUCUGUUUAGCUUUCGCUCUGUUUCCAAACGUGGGGAACACAUUUGGAAGCAGAGAGUAGCGGUUACGAACUCUGGAGAAGUUUUGAUGAUCGUGAGCUUGAAAGGGUUAGGAGAUAAACUUUUGUUUUACAUCUAUAAGAUGAAUUUGGGGAGUUGUAAAUGGGAAAGAGUAGAUUCUCUUGGUGGUGAGAUGUUGAUAUUUAGUCAUGGGGUCACAGUAAGAGCACCUAUCAAGGAUAUUAAUGGUUUGGGAAUCAAGGGUGAUUCAAUCUGUUUACGGGAUGGUGAUCUUUGGCCAGUUGGUUUUUAUUUUGAUAUUAUGCAACUAGAACCUAAUUGCGGUGUGUUCGAUCUUGCCACAAGUGCAAUCACAAGGCCUAAAUCAUUAGAUGUUUCAUUCGUGAAGAGUUUCUGGUUUGUUCCAGGAUAUGCUUUAAGGAGAUUGGUUUCUCAUUUGGUCUAAGUCUUGAUUCAGAGGGAUUCAGCAGCUGAAGCAGAGCCAACUUGCCAAGUUGUUUGUUUUGGCUACUUUUUUUUUCUUUGGAUUUGUUCGAGUAUUGUGAUGGUUGUAAGCUUUAUUUUGCGGAUGAAGCUUUUAUGGUUAUCUUUAUUUUGCGGAUUAAUACAAUGUUUUCUAGGGAAUUGUGGUUUAAUGAA